AUGCAGACCCUGGCGCCCAUCCACCUUCUCCCGAGACGCGACGGCUCCCUCGAUCACUGGCGAGGUGGGCUUUGGGGCAUGAAUAAUCCGGCCGCCUACACUCCUCUCGAGUCCUUGUUUCUGUUCCAAGCCAUCCUUAAGCACGGCGUCGAAGCCACUGCCUUCGUCAAGGUCUCGGAUCUUCUCGUCAACAACUCGUUGAUCAAAGAUGACAAGACAUACGAUGCUAAACGACUGAGCCCGGAUGCGCUUCGACAACUCUUCCUGCACCUGCUGCAGGAAGAGUUGAGGAUCGAGAAUGCGACGACCGAUAAGGCCGAUGGCGCGUCGCCAACAUUGAAGAAACGCAAGCUCAGUCAUCCACCACCACCUACGCUUAAGGAGGUCAAGGAGCAGUCACAUAGGUUCCCCGCGUUGGUGGAUCGACUCUAUGCAAGAUAUAAGGAAAAUAUCGUCAGGGACAUCAAGGAAGAUGAACGGCGCAUCGAGACGCUCGCCAGAGAUAUCAAGAUUCUUGAAACGCAAGAGGCGAUCGAUCGAGCCAAGGCGAACACACCCCGUCCAGUCGCACCAAAUGGGUCUUCAGCGCCAAAGCCUGUCCCGACACCUGUACCGGUCCCCUCUUUGAAUUCCACGCCCGGCCAGGUCGCAUCUCAAAAUCAAGCCAAGCGAUCGACCCCAACGCCUCCCGUUGAGACUCCGCGACCGAUCAGGCCUGCGAACGGACAAGGCUCCGUUCCGACGCAGACUCCAGUACCGAUUCCGAGACAUGUACCACUGCAGCCUCAAGCGCUCCCACGGCCACCAACGACCGUUGCGCCAGCUCCACCACCGGCCCUACAGCCUGCGCCAGCAAGACGAGAUGUAGCUCCGCCGGCAGGCGCGUUUCAGCAAUCACCUACGGUGCCUCCGGCGCAAGCUGUGUCUGCUGCCGGUGCAUCGGUUACGGCACCCGCUAGCGGGCCAGAUGCCAAGCAGCAUCAAAAUCUGAAGCCUCCCAAUAGUGCCGGUCAGGUCUUGCAGCCCCCUGCUGGUGCUGGGCAUCCGCCAGUUCGGCCCGGUCAGUCGACAUCGCCGGUCCCUCUGCCGGCAAUAUCACCACGGCCGGAAAACAUACCCAAAACUCGGAUUCCAACGCCAGGGACGCCCGCUCAACCCUCGACUCCGGGCACUCUGAAGUGGGAAAAGCCAUAUCAGCCUGCGGCACCGGCACUUCAACCACAGGGCCGCCCUAUGCCAGCUCAAACCCCAACACCUCCUGCACCUUCUACCCCGAAUCAGGCACAUCAUCCUGCUCAAUGGUAUCCUCAACCAACAGGGCAAUACCAUGGUCCUCCGCAGCCUCCUCAUGUUCCAAUGCAAGCAAAUCAGGCACAGAGAUACUCGCAGCAACCCCAGCCGGUGCUGGUAGCCCCUCAACCCCAAGGUCACCCUCAGCCCCAAGGGCAGGCCCAAUCUCACCCGCAGGCUCAGGCUCAAGCUCACACUCAGGCUCAAGGUCAGGCUCAGGCUCAGGCUCACGUUCAUAUUCAACCCCAGACUCAGACACCAGUCAAAAACCAGAAUCAGCCUCAGCCUCAAAAGCAUCACCAACCCCCGACACCUCAGCCUCAGCCUCAGCCAAAGGGACAGUUGGUGGCUCCAGCCCACUCAACGCCGACCAAGGAGCCCUCAGAGAGCUCUGGGAACCUACCGCGCAGAGGCCGCCCACCAGGCCCGUCAGUUACGCCUUCUGCGCGGCCACAUACCGUUCAGCAGCCACGACCUAUUGCUGCAGCAUCACCUACCCCAUCCGCUGGUGCUUCAGGGCAGACGGUCGUUCCUCCAAGAUGGCAGCAACCUCACCCUUCCCCCUAUGCACAGCAACAAUUCAGCCCUACGCCAGCUCCGGCCCCAGCCCCUACGCCAUCCCAGCCGAAUGCUAAGCCAAAUGAUGCUCAAAGGCGCGUGAGCCCUCCCUUCAACAAGCAACAACCCCGGCCUGCUAUUCCUCCUCACCUGGUUUCGCAAGUUGCUGCUGCUGCUGCUGCUGCACCUCCGGCACAACGGGCCGCGAACACCCCUAUUCCACUGCCACAGACGCCUAUCACAGCGCCUCCCAGCUUCCUUCUUACUGGCUCCGGAACUAAGUGGACCGUGACUUCUACGCCUUCGACCCCUCGGCCGGGUGCAUCAGACAAGGAGGUUGCUAGUCCCGCCUUUGAACCACUGAGUCCUGUGCAGCAAGUUGCGCCGUUGCCGCCUGCGCCUACACCUACACAAGCACCGCGAAAGCCCAGUCCCAAGCCGACACCCGUACCCAUUCCAGUGCCGAAGUCAGAGACCAAGACUCCCGGCCCUAGAGGCCGAGGCCGACCCCCACGCAGCGCGCACAAGGUCCGUGCCGACAGCACACCUUCGGUUGCGGGUACGCGACGAAGUCAGUCAGUCACGUCACAAACUGACGAGUUAUCGAUGGAUCACCAUGAGCUGGCGCCCAGAAUUAAGGACGAGAACGCCACUCCUAGAGUUACUCCUAGAGCGACACCGAAACCGCAAGAUGACACGGGCGAUACAACUGCUGACGAAAGCGUGCCAAGUCGGCGCAACAUGAUUACACCUAGUAGUGUGUCAUCCCGGCUUGCUCAUAAGCGCAAACGUCAGGAUACUCCAACCGAGCCACUCGCACCGCCAACAGCCCCGACUCACGUGCUAUGGACACGCCAGUUUGGUCGUGUAAGUGCUGCUGCGCUUGAUCAGAUUGGUGCUCACAGGUUUGCAAACCAAUUUGCGAAUCCCAUUCGAGAGCGAGACGCCCCUGGUUACAAGACUCUGAUCAUUCAGCCGCAAGACAUCAAGUCUAUUCGUGCAGCUAUCACACAUGGCAACAGAGCAGCUACUGAGGCCGCCAAGGCCUUGCCAGACGGUGACCCAGGCACAGGGUCCGUUCUUCUGCCAGUCAGUGACGAUCUGGUGCCACCAAAGAGCAUCAUCAACAGCGCUCAGCUCGAACGAGAGCUUGUUCAUAUGUUCUCGAACGCCAUCAUGUACAAUCUGGACCCGAGUCGCGGGCCCGGUCCGGCUUUCAUGAAGGGCGGCAGUGCUGCGGAUGGGGCUGACGUAGUGGGGUAUGAGGUUGACGAGGACGCCGUGGUGCGUUCUACAAGGAUGAUGUCUAUGGAGGUCGAGAAGAUUAUAGGAGAGCUCCGUAACGCGGAGAAGGAGCGCACAGGUCAAGCUCCCUCGAACUCUGGGAACACGAGGCCGGCUAGCGUCGCUACAGGUGAAGAUACACCAAUGGCGGAAGACGACGUUGAUGAGUUGGCGGGCGACGCAGAUAUAACCUCUUCAACAAGGAGACGACGCGUGGGCACGAGGAACUAG